UUUUUAAAGGGAAGAUAAACCCUAAACCCCAAUGGCGCUUGUGUCGGUUCUUCAUGGAGGAAGAUCAGCGAUCGCGGGUCCAGGCAUCGGCAGCAAGAGUACACAUCUGGCAGGCUCUCGGCGGCAUCGAUGCGCGCUUGCCUCCUCUUCCUCAUCGCUCAGCUCGCCUCCAGCGCCUCCAUUCUCGCCCACGGCCGCCGCCAAGCUCGUUGCCGUGAUUGGAGAGAAUGCCGUGAGCCCCCUCCAGGAAACACCAUGGCUGGAAGUCAUGAACCAUAUGGUGAAGAGACUUCGCUGGACUGAUGCUAGCUUUGAGAUGCUCGUCUUCACGGACGAAUCACUUCCAGAGAAUCGAGAGUUCUCCUCGGCGGUCGCGAAAGCUGAUAUACUCCUGGGACUCGGGCUCGGAAAUCCCGACACUGUAAGCUGGAUCAACAGCGCGAGCUCGUCAGUGCCUACGAGGAUUUGCUUCGACUCCACGGACAACUCCGGUACCUGGCUGGGAGGUGUCAAAGUUUUGCCUUUGGAGAGCCCGGUGGACCGGCUGCGCUCGAUCGUCCCAGGAACGAAGCUCGCCAAAGGCUUGAAGGUUCUGGACCUUGUCACCAACGCUUGGAGCCGUCACAGCAGCGACAACGUGUGCUUCGCGCUCCUGGUUCUCAUCGACUCGUACGUAGCUCCCGUGCCGCUGCUGAAAAACCUGCGAGCCACGAGCUUGUCACAAAUCCAGUGCAUGGCCAAGAACUGCGGGAAGGAGAUUCUGGCUUGCCUCUUGGAUCCAAGUUGCCGCAAGGCGCUCGACUGCCUGACGAGCUGUGCUCCAAACGACCAAGUUUGCAGCUACCGCUGUAUCGUUUCGUACGAGACGCCUACGCUCGAGGCCAUCUCGCUGUGCAUCCUCCAGAAGAACAACUGCUUGGGACUGAGCGCCGAGAUCCAGAGCCAGCCGGUGGUGAAGCCGCUAGAAAAGUUCCGGGGACAAGAACUCACUCACACUCUGGCCGAGGACAUCUUCAUCGGCUGGCUGGGGACACUCAAGUGGAGCUGGAGGGUGGCCGCUGGCCAGAACGCUGCCUACGAUCACUUCGCAAACCAGAUCCAGCUCUACUACCGCGGGACCAAGAACUCGAUGUGGUACGAUCCUGUGUUCCAAGUGGAGACGUUAGAGGGAGAACUGGUGUGGAGAAGAAGACACUACCGUGCUCGCAGAGGAGAGGUUCCCGGCACCUUUUACUUCACAGUUCUCGACAACGGCGUCGUCUCGAAGGAGUUCUGGCGGAUAGUCGACUGCGCCGACGAUCUCUCCUGGGGGCUCUUCUACUACAGUGGCGCCGCCACGGCCGCGGGGCAGUCAUACUCGGGUGCCGUGCUGGUGUCGCCGGAUGGAAUGUGGCCCGGCGAGCAGCACAGCGAGCGAGUUAACGCAGCUCUCGGCCGCUGCGGUAUUAAGUUAUGGGAGAUGUACACCGUCACCAACAACCGCUAUGGUGACGAGGAUGACGAGAGUGGAGAAGAAAUUCCGCUGGGCCUUCCAGAGGGAUCCAAGCUCCACCACCACUCGUCAAUCGUCAGCAGCUCGCGUGGUUAGCAGCACCUAUUCCGGACCGUGAGUCUUGGGAAAUAAAAAAGCAGUUGAGCGA